AUGACAGCUAUGGCCAGUAGCCCUAGAAGGGGUCAUAACUGGCCCCAAAUGGCAAUGGCAUUGGCCAUUGUUUUGAUUUCUACUACUGUGACUUCUGCUGCUGCAGAUAGUUAUAUUUACUCUUCACCUCCACCACCUUAUGAGAACAACUCACCACCACCACCUUCACCAUCACCACCACCACCUUAUGUGUACAAGUCACCACCUCCUCCACCAUAUGAGCAUAAGACACCGUCUUAUGUGUACAAAUCACCACCUCCUCCAUUUCCAUCACCACCACCUCCCUAUGUAUACAAGUCACCACCUCCACCAUCCCCAUCACCACCACCUCCUUAUGUAUACAAGUCACCACCUCCACCACCAUAUGAACACAAGGCCCCAUCAUAUGUGUACAAGUCACCACCUCCUCCAUCUCCAUCACCACCACCUCCUUAUGUGUACAAGUCACCACCUCCACCACCAUAUGAACACAAGGCUCCAUCAUAUGUGUACAAGUCACCACCUCCUCCAUCUCCAUCACCACCACCUCCUUAUGUGUACAAGUCACCACCUCCACCACCAUAUGAACACAAGGCUCCACCAUAUGUGUACAAGUCACCACCUCCUCCAUCUCCAUCACCACCACCUCCUUAUGUGUACAAGUCACCACCUCCCCCAUCUUCAUCACCUCCACCACCAUACUAUUACAAGAGUCCUCCACCACCCUCUCCCUCACCUCCACCUCCCUACUACUACAAAUCUCCUCCACCACCCUCACCUUCACCUCCCCUACCAUACUAUUAUAAGUCUCCACCACCACCACCUCCCUCACCACCACCUCCAUAUUACUACAAAUCUCCCCCACCACCCUCACCCUCCCCUCCUCCACCAUACUACUACAAGUCUCCUCCACCACCAUAUAUUCACAAGGAUCCACCAUACUAUUACAAGUCUCCACCACCACCUUCACCAUCUCCCCCACCACCCUACUACUACAAAUCUCCCCCACCACCUUCACCAUCUCCCCCACCACCGUACUACUACAAAUCUCCUCCUCCUCCAUCUUCUACUCCUCAUACCCCAUACUACUACAAAUCUCCUCCCCCUCCAUCUCCUAUUCCCCAUACACCAUACUACUACAAGUCUCCCCCACCACCCAAGGUCCUUCCACCACCAUACUAUUAUAACUCUCCUCCUCCACCUGUUGCGUAUCCUCACCCACAUCCAUACCACCACUCAUUGAUUGUGAAGGUAAUCGGUAAAGUCUACAGUUUCAGGUGUUAUGACUGGGAGCAUCCUGAAAAAUCUCAUGACAAGAAACAUCUCAAAGGUGUUGUUGUUGAGGUGACAUGCAAAGCUGGGGACAAAAUCAUUAAGGCUUAUGGUAAAACUAAGAUCAACGGAAAGUACAGCAUCACAGUUGAGGACUUUGACUAUGUCAAAUAUGGCGCCACAGUGUGCAAGGCUAGCCUUUAUGCUCCACCUAAAUACUCCCCUUUUAACAUACCUACUAAGCUAAACGAAGGAACUAAAUUGUACUUGUAUUCCAAAGACAAGUAUGAGGUUGUGCUCAAGGCUAAGUCAUUUGCUUAUGCUUCAAAGAAACAUUUUAAAGAAUGUCAGAAGCCCAAGCCUUCACCAACUCCGUACUACUACAAAUCACCACCACCUCCCACACCAGUUUACAAGUACAAAUCUCCACCUCCACCGGUCCAUUAUUACUCACCUCCAUAUUACUACAAGUCACCUCCUCCACCUGUAAAAUCGCCACCAACUCCUUACUACUACAAAUCACCUCCACCUCCCUCACCGGUUUACAAGCACAACUCACCACCUCCACCAGUUUACAAGUACAAAUCGCCUCCUCCUCCGGUCCAUUAUCCCUCACCGAUUUACAAGUACAACUCACCACCUCCACCGGCUUACAAGUACAACUCACCACCUCCCCCAGUCCAUUAUUAUUCUCCUCCAUAUUACUACAAGUCGCCACCACCUCCCUCUCCGGUUUACAAAUACAACUCUCCACCUCCACCGAUCCAUCAUGAUUCUCCCCCAUAUUACUACAAGUCACCUCCACCCCCCUCACCGAUUUACAAGUACAACUCACCACCUCCACCGGUUCACAAGUACAAAUCCCCUCCUCCCCCUGUCCACUAUCCAUCACCAAUUUACAAGUACAAUUCACCACCUCCCCCAGUCCAUUAUUAUUCUCCUCCAUAUUACUAUAAGUCACCUCCACCCCCCUCUCCGGUUUAUAAAUACAACUCACCACCUCCACCAGUUCAUCAUGAUUCUCCCCCAUAUUACUACAAGUCACCUCCACCACCCUCACCGAUUUAUAAGUACAACUCACCACCUCCACCAGUUUACAAGUAUAAUUCACCACCUCCGCCAAUACAUUAUUAUUCUCCUCCAUAUUACUACAAGUCUCCUCCGCCUCCCUCUCCAGUUUACAAAUACAACUCACCACCUCCACCGGUCCAUCAUGAUUCUCCCCCAUAUUACUACAAGUCACCUCCACCACCCUCACCGGUUUACAAGUACAACUCACCACCUCCACCGAUUUACAAGUACAAGUCGCCUCCUCCCCCAGUCCAUUAUCCCUCGCCGGUUUACAAGUACAACUCGCCACCACCUCCAUAUUAUUACAAGUCCCCACCUCCACCAUCCCCAUCUCCUCCUCCACCAUACUAUUAUAAGUCUCCACCACCACCAUCACCAUCUCCACCACCACCUUACUAUUAUAAGUCACCACCUCCACCUAAGGAGAUUUCAAACCCACCAUACUACUAUAAGUCACCACCACCACCAUCACCUUCCCCUCCUCCACCAUACAUUUAUAAGUCCCCACCUCCACCAUCACCAUCCCCACCCCCUCCAUACUAUUACAAAUCUCCUCCACCACCAUCACCAUCUCCACCCCCUCCCUACUAUUACAAAUCACCUCCACCACCCUCACCAUCACCGCCACCUCCUUACUAUUACAAAUCUCCCCCACCUCCAUCUCCAUCACCACCACCUCCUUAUCACUAUCAAAGUCCUCCUCCACCAUCUCCCAUUUCUCAUCCUCCCUACUACUACAAAUCCCCACCACCACCAUCGCCAUCUCCUCCACCUCCUUACCAUUAUGUGAGUCCUCCCCCACCAGUAAAGUCACCUCCACCACCAACUUAUAUCUAUGCUUCACCACCACCACCCAUCUACAACUAA